AUGGGCCACGCUUUCACCAAAGAGACGAUAAACCCGCACACGGGCAUGACUCCGACAGACAUCCGCUUGAUCAAGCAGACGUGGCGAAACCUGUGCGACCACAACCGCAACUACGGCGUGCUCAUCUUACAGGCGUUCUUCCACAAGCAGCCCGACACCAUGCACCUGUUCAGGAACUUUCGCGGCAAACCCGUCCAGUCCCUACCCGAAGACAUGUUGUUCAGGGCGCACGCCUGUGCCUUCGGCUACCAGCUCACCUCAAUGGUCGAUAACAGCGAUGAUGUCGACCUGCUAGAGGCACUCAUCCGCAGGAAUGCCGAGGGGCACAGGAAACACCUGGGUGUCAUGCCGAUGCAUUUCCGCAUCAUGGGCAAAGCCGUGGUGGACGUUCUGCAGACCAAGAACGACAAGCUCAUGACGCAUGACGCUGUCUUGGCGUGGGAAAAGCUGUUCACUGGGAACACACUCACUGCACAUGUCCGAUCACCCAAGGUGGCAUCAAAGAGGUUCCUUGAAGAGUACCACAUACCCAUUGUGACAUAA